AUGGCCAUCAACGCGGAGGCGCCGCUGGAGAAGGCGCUGGCCGGCUCCCCGCCGCCGCCCUCGGCCGCCUUGGCCGCCGCCUCCUCCUCCUCUUCCUCCUCUUCCUCGAAGGAGACGGAGCAGCUGCUGCGGAGCGACCCCUCGACCCCCAAACCCUGCCCGGCCGAGGACGGGGAGGCGUCGGCGGAGGCGGCUGCCGCCGAGGGGGAGGCGGAGGCGUCGAUGGAGCCCAACGGCCACGGCUUACUCUCCCGGGCCGGCUCGGAGGGGCCGCUGGAAGCCACCUCGCUCUCCCCGUCGCGGCUCAGCCUGGCGCGCGCCUCGUCCACCGCCACCACCUCCAACCUGCCCCGCCGCUCGCCGGAUUACCUGCCUCUGGCCAUCCUCUCUUGCUUCUGCCCCAUCUGGCCGGUCAACAUCCUGGCCCUGGUCUUCUCCAUCAUG